AUGGUUGAAGCAGGGGCACGCAGUCUCGAAGAAGUUGCUGCAGAAGAUCCGCAGCAGAGAAUGCUAGUUCUGCUUUCUACUCUGCAGGUGCUGGAGUUGCUCCAGGCCGUGUCAAGGCUAGCUGUAUUUUCGCAUGAGUUCGGACUUGCGUUCAAGGCCUGCCUCCCAUUGCUCUCGGUGUUGAAGCAGUUGAAAUACUUCUGGAACCUCCCGCAGAGUCACGUGGCCAUCUUGCUUGAGCGGUUGGCAGAGCAACUGAUGCCAGAGCAUGCUGCCCCGUUCCAAAGUUUGCAACACGACCUGGCACAAGAGCAAGAUUGUGUGGUGGCUAUCAAAGACUUGAAGGGCAUGCCUGAACCGGUGCGCGCCGUCUAUGACCAGAACGCUCACUACGUGGAGGUUGUGGAACCACAUGGAAGCUUCCCCACAUCAAUUUAUCGACAAAGUGAUGGUUUGACCUUGGCGGCACAGGAUGCCUUGACAAUCGAGUCAGUGAUGAGCACCACUAUCACUACGACUAUCAAAAUUGCUCGUGAUGUCCUUCAACCUUCCAACAGACUGCUGUAUGAUGUCUACAAGCCAUUAGGCCGCUGCGUGGCAGUGGUUGACGACAAGGUUGACGAUCACUAUGGCACUGACUUGGAGGGGUACUUCCACGCACAUGGCAUCGAGUUCGUGAAACUUGUCUUCAGCGGCAAUGAAGUGGACAAGAACCUCAGUGAUGUGGAACUUAUUCUCCUGGCUCUGAAGAAGCACAACCGGGCCCGUCAUGAACCUGUCUUGAUUGUCGGUGGUGGUGUCAUUGCGGACAUUGCUGGCAUGGCAUGCGCUCUCUAUUCCAGGAACACGCCGUACCUGAGUCUCAAUUAA